GACACCUUGUUUUUAUUGCCCCAAAAAACCAAACAAACAAAGAAACCAACCUCUUGACUUCUCGGAAUAUUCAAACAGUUUUUUUUCCACAAUAAACUGCUUCUCACUUUAGAGGAAGGAGAAGGCAUCACUUUUAAAGAUGCGCUGCGUCUUUUCCCGCUGACUUUGCGCAGUGAGAGCGAGUGGAGGAGACGGUGCGGACACCUCCACAGCCUUCAGCGGUUUCACGUCGACAGCAGAGCGAGCCGGUCAGUCUGAACCAUGGCUGGGUGUUGUGUGUCGGCAGAGGAGAGAGAGAACCAGAGGAUCAACGAGGAGAUCGAGAAGCAGCUGCGGAGAGACAAGAAGGACUCCCGCAAGGAGCUGAAGCUGCUGCUGUUAGGUACUGGAGAGAGUGGGAAGAGCACCUUCAUCAAACAGAUGAGGAUUAUCCAUGGAGGAGGAUACACAGACGAGGACAAGAGGAGCUACGCCAAACUGGUCUUCCAGAACAUCAUCACGUCCAUGCAGGCCAUGACCCGAGCCAUGGAGGCACUUAGUAUACCCUUCGCUGAUCCACAGAACCAGAGCCAUGCAAACUCAGUCCUGGCGGUGGAGGUGGAUAAGGUGGAGGAGUUAGAUCAGAGCCUUGCAGGUGCCGUCAGGAGUCUGUGGGACGAUGCAGGGAUACAGGAGUGCUACGACCGACGCAGGGAAUACCAGCUGUCCGACUCCACCAAAUACUAUCUCACUGACCUCGAUCGAAUUUCACAACCCUCCUACAUACCUGACCUGCAGGAUAUCCUCAGAGUCCGAGUGCCAACCACGGGUAUCAUCGAAUACCCCUUUGACAUGGAGAAUGUCAUUUUCAGGAUGGUGGAUGUCGGGGGUCAGAGGUCAGAGAGGAGGAAGUGGAUCCACUGCUUUGAGAACGUCACCUCCAUCAUCUUCCUGGUGGCGCUCAGCGAGUACGAUCAGGUCCUGGCUGAGUGCGACAACGAGAACCGUAUGGAGGAGAGCAAGGCUCUGUUUAAAACCAUCAUAACGUAUCCGUGGUUCCAGCGCUCCUCUGUCAUACUUUUCCUCAACAAGACUGACAUCCUCAAGGAGAAGAUCGUGUACUCUCAUGUAGCCACCUACUUCCCUGAAUUCACAGGACCUCAGCAGGAUCCUGUCGCAGCUCAAGAGUUCAUCCUGAAAAUGUACCAAGAACAAAACCCUGACAAGGACAAGACACUGUACCCUCACUUCACCUGCGCCACGGACACAGAAAACAUUCGCUUCGUCUUUGUGGCCGUCAAAGAUACCAUCCUCAGACACAACCUGAAGGAGUUCAAUCUGGUUUGAAGAGGAGCAGGAGGACAGACAUUAGGAGAGCCGAGAUAGGAGAAUGAAAUCAACCAAAACUUCACAGUGCUUUUUCUUGGCUGUCUAAUCACAGAACGAUUAGAUCCACUGAAAAGGUUUUAAUCCAAAGGUUUAAAUAUUUUUCAUCUUUUGUGUCUGUAAAAAUCCAGCCAAAGACAAAAUAAGCGUAUUACAGACAAACCAAAACUACUGUUUCUGUAGCUCAUUGUGUCUAAAAUGCAGUUUUUUGUGUAUUGUGUGUUUUGUAGUUUCCAUUACAGCCUUUAUAGAAAUGUGCUGUGAGAAAAUGAUACAUUUCAGUAGAAUAAUGUGAGACUUAGUGUGAAGUAAUAUUAUUGAUCUAUUGGGAGAAAGAGUGGAGUCGAGCCCACAGCUGCUGCAGUGAGGACUCAGCCUCUGUACGUGGGGUGCCCGCUAUACCAGGUGAGCUACUGGGCGUCCCUUUUAUUUUAUCAGAGAUAGGAUCCAAGUAUGCAAGUUCUGCUCAUGCAAUAGGGAGUCCCUUUGUUCCUGAGUUUUGUGAUUUAAAGGAAUACUUCACCCACACAAAAACAAUUUGUAAAUCAAUGAUUCAUGCUGUUACUUUGAAUUUGAGAAGAAAAUGUUUUUCUUGUAUGUCUCCACAGAAAAUGGCAAACACACUGAUUUAUAGAUUGAUUUGGGACAACAUUUAACAGCAAAACUAUAUUAUCCAUUUAGAAAUCUCAUGCAAUAUUUCCAUUAUCCAGUCGUGUAGUCUGUAAUUCCCAAACAUAUGUAUUUUUACAAAAAAACCUUAGUAUUGGAGUCUGGCUCUGAAGAGAGCACACAUAAGUUUCACUGUCAGUUUGAUUUUAAAUACUAAGCAAAAUAAAAAACAUUGGUCCCCAAUCACUUAAUUUGUUUGCCAUUUUCAUCAUUUCAAUUUCAUCACAAAUUCAAGGUAGCUUCAUGCAUCAUGACUACGUGAUACACAAAUGGUCAUUUUGAGGGUGAUAUAUUCCUUUUAUCUUCACAUUUUCUAACACUGAGCCAGCUGUGUCUGCUUUUGCCUGGAAGUGCCUUAUUUACGCGGGAUAGUCAGCAUAGCCACUGAGUUUGUUUAGAUGUAAAUAAUCCAAUAUGUGCUUUGGAAAACUCUACUGUUUUCUCCUUAGGAGAAAUGGAAAAUAUAUUUAUGGUUAUUUUCAAUAAACAAUUAUAGUUACUUAA